AUGUCUUCAUCAACAGACGUCAAAGACGACGCCCCAGAUCGAAUUGGCCCCGAAACCACACGCCGCGGUACCUGGUCCGACAAAGGCAAAAGCUUUGUGAAGGCCUUCACAACGAAGGAUGGUCUUGUCGGCACCUACGACUAUGCCUUCCUCUUCACCCCAAACAUCCCCUUUAUGAAGCGUCAACGCCGCGCGGCACCUUUUUUUGGGCUCAACGAAAAAAUGCCCGUGCUAUUGGCGUUGCUACUUGGCUUCCAGCAUGCUCUGUCCAUGUUGGCUGGGAUCAUCACACCGCCGAUUAUUCUGGCAGGCUCUGCGAACUUGACGCCGGAUCUCCAGUCGUACCUUGUCAGCACCUCGUUGAUUGUGUGUGGCCUACUGUCUUCCAUUCAGAUUACGAGGUUCCAUAUCUACAGGACUCCUUAUUACAUUGGAACCGGGUUAAUCAGUGUGGUGGGGACGUCCUUCGCUACGAUACCUGUCGCAACUGGUGCGCUUGCUCAGAUGUACGAGACUGGCUUCUGCCCCUCGGACUCAGAUGGUAACCCCUUGCCUUGCCCCGAUGGCUAUGGUGCAAUUAUUGGCACCGCUUGUAUCUGCGCUCUCAUCGAAAUCGCAAUGUCCUUCACGCCACCGCGAUAUCUACAAAAGAUCUUCCCACCCCUCGUGACGGGCCCGACAGUCCUGCUUAUCGGUGUCAAUCUCAUCACGUCUGGCUUCCAGAAUUGGGCCGGAGGCUCGGGAAGCUGCUCUGAACGACCAGAGACUGGAGACUUUAGACUGUGUCCGAAUGUUGGCGCGCCGCACGCACUGCCCUGGGGGAGUGCAGAGUACAUCGGACUUGGCUUCCUUGUCUUCGUUACGAUCAUCUUCUGUGAGCGAUUCGGCUCACCGAUCAUGAAGAGCUGCGCCGUCGUUAUUGGACUCCUCGUCGGCUGUAUUGUGGCUGCCGCUUGCGGAUACUUUGACAGAUCGGGCAUCGACGGCGCUCCUGUCGGGAGCUUCAUCUGGGUCCACACUUUCAAGCUGAGCGUCUACGGGCCCAUAGUCCUUCCGCUGCUGGCCGUGUACAUUGUGCUGGCCAUGGAAGCCAUCGGCGACAUCACCGCAACCUGCGAUGUCUCAAGACUCCAAGUCGAUGGGCCACUCUUUGACAGCCGAAUCCAAGGAGGGGUGCUUGCGGACGGCUUGAACGGCAUUAUCGCUGGUCUUUGCACCAUCACGCCCAUGUCGACGUUCGCUCAGAACAACGGUGUCAUUGCACUGACUCGAUGUGCCAACCGUAAGGCCGGGUAUGCGUGCUGUUUCUGGCUGUUGGUGAUGGGCAUCUUCGCGAAGUUUGCAGCUGCUCUUGUUGCCAUUCCGUCCUCAGUCCUGGGUGGCAUGACCACAUUCCUAUUCUCCGCCGUCGCCACCUCGGGUAUCCGCAUCAUUUCGACGGUGCCAUUCACGAGAAGGAAUCGAUUCAUUCUGACAGCUGCCUUGGCGCUCGGCUUUGGAGCCACGCUGGUACCUGACUGGUUCGCCUACGUCUUUACUUACGAGGGCGACAAUCGUGCGCUUUCUGGAUUCUACAAUGCUAUUGAGCUCGUUGCUGCUUUCCUCGCUUUGCUCUUGAACCUGAUCCUGCCUGAAGAGAUCGAGGAUGAGGAGACGCCCGAGUUGACGGCCAAUACAGCUGAUGAGCAAGACGAUAGAGAGGAGUGGACCAGGAUUGACAAGUCAAAUGAUGCGCAGAAUGGGAAGGAGAAGGAAGCUCAGGCUUAA